AUGGAGCGUCUGUGGAAAAUAACUAGGAAAGAUGAGACUCAGAUUGAGUAUUCUGCUUUAGCUCUAACACCCGAUUGUACUAUGAAUCAUGAAGAGAUUUUAUGUAAAUACUUACAGACUAACGUUGAUCUCGAAAAGUUAUGUAUCGAUUGGUCAGAAGCUGAUUCUCACGUGAGUAAAUUACUGGAGGCUCACGAUGAUCUAAAGGGAAUCAGAAUUCUGGAUCAAAACCCUCUCGAAACGUUGUUCGCUUUCAUAUGCUCAGCUAAUAAUAAUAUAAAGAGAAUAUCGAAAAUGGUCAACCGAUUGUGCAUUUUGUAUGGAUCAAAACUGGAGCUUCAAGCUGGCAUCUCUGAAGAGGAUUCGAAAAUUGUUGGAGGAAACGAGGGCAUCAUGUAUGCUUUCCCUACCAUUCAACAAAUGGCCGUUCAUCUCCCAACUAUGGAAAAUCAACUUCGUCAAGACGGCUUCGGAUAUAGGGCUGCUUAUAUAGCGAAAACAGUCAAGAUGUUAGCUGAUGCCAAAGACGACUAUUUGCAUUCAUUAAGAUCACAAGAUCUCAAAAAGGCAAAAGAAGCCUUGCGUGAAUUCUCUGGCGUAGGGCCAAAGAAGCAUAAUGUUGUUCCUGUGGAUACUCAUGUAUAUAAAACGACACUGCGGGAUUACCAGCCGACGCUCUCUGCUAAGUCUCUGACUCCUACUGUUCAUGACGAAAUAGGAUCAUUUUAUAUUGAGAAGUUUGGAGAAUACGCGGGAUGGGCACAAGCUUUAUUGUUCAAUGCUCAGUUAUCUCAGAAGAGACCUAACUCUUCAAAGCAGAAUGAAUCUCUUAAGAAGAAGAAAAAGAAAAAUUGA